AAUUCUACAGCACCACCCCCAUCACACUUUUUUCUUCACUCUCUCUCUUUUCCUUGGCUUCAAAGUCUUCCUUCCUUCACCUAUCUCCAUUUCACACAAACUCCAAAAUUUCAGCUAAAGCUCGCUUUUUCAUCAAUGGAGGAUGCAAACCCUUACAGAAAAGUCCAUUUUUCAUAUGCAGCUCCGGGUUCAGCUGUUCAACAAAACCACCCCAUUAACCGAGGUAAGUCCUAUAUGAACUUUUUGUGUAAAGCUCUGUUCUUUGCCAUACUUAUCAUUAUCCUACCGCUUUUCCCUUCACAAGCUCCUGACUUUAUCAACGAAUCUGUAAUCACCAAGUUCUGGGAGCUUCUUCACCUUCUUUUCAUUGGCAUUGCUGUGUCAUACGGUUUGUUUAGCCGACGAUAUGUUGAAACGGACUGUGAAAGACACUCAAGGAUAGACAAUUUACAAUCUGAUAUGUCUAGAAUGUUUCAUGUUUCUUCAGUUUUUGAAGAUGGGUAUGAAAACCCAUAUGGGUCUGAUGAGAAAAUAGUAAGUCAAAGAAAGAAUGGUCACUGUUUUUUUGGUGAAGAUCCCAGGACUUUCUGGUCCAAGGAAAGCCCUCUUGUUGAUGAACAGUGCAGACCCAAUUUGCCAUUUUCUGAAAAUGGUGUUGCAAAUUCAUCUGCCUUAGAUGAAAGAAACCUGACUCAGGCUUGGAAUUCUCAGUACUUUCAGGGUGAAUCCAUGGUGGUUGUAGCUCAACCAAAUCUAGCUGUUGGUGAAUGGGGUGAAUCCAGAUCGGGAGUUGAUUACAAGCCAUUAGGAUUGCCUGUACGGAGCUUGAAACCAAGGACAAGAAGAUGUGAUAGUCCUCGAUUUGUUAAUGGGAGUGAGUCUGGUUCAGAUUCCCAAGGUUCGUCUAAAAGUUCUGUUACCAGUAGAAAUAGUCAGUUCGGUGAUUUCGGUCCUCAAUAUUUAGAACCUAAGUUUCAUGAAACUUUCUCAUCACCUUCCCCAGUUCCGUGGCGUUCGAGAUCCAGAAUGAGGGAAAUGAGAGAACAACAAGUUAGUCCUGUUGCUCGUCCUUCACAUUUUAGGCCACUCUCUGUUGAUGAAGCUCAGUUUGAAUCCACCACGACACGGUCUUUGCAGUCCACAGUGUCUUUCUCAUCUCAAGCUAGUUCCACAUCAGAACAACAAGUUAGUCCUGUUGCUCGUCCUUCACAUUUUAGGCCACUCUCUGUUGAUGAAGCUCAGUUUGAAUCCACCACGACACGGUCUUUGCAGUCCACGGUGUCUUUCUCAUCUCAAGCUAGUUCCACAUCUUCCUCGCCUAAAAAGAGUACUUCAUCAGACUCGAUUUCUUCAGAAGAAUCGAACUCGAAAAUAAAAGAUGCAGGAAAAGAAAUGAGUUCUCAAGGAUCUUCUCCUUCGGCUUCUCCAAGGCCAUCACCACCAAAACCAAUGAAUAACAAAGUUCCAUCGAGUUCAUUGCAUGAAAGAGGAUGCGCUUAUAGUUCUUUAGAUGAAAAAGAUCCAUCACGACCAAAACCAAUGAAUGUCAAAGUUUCAUCGAGUUCAUUGCAUUCAAGUGGCUACAGUUACAGUUCUUUAGAUGAUAAAGAUUCAUCACCACCCAAACCAAUGAAUGGCAGAGUUUCAUCGAGUGAAUUGUAUUCAAGAAGAUACAGUUAUAGUUCUUUAGAUGAAAAAGAUUCGUCACCGCCAAAUGCAAAGAAUGAGAAAGUUUCAUCAAGCACGUUGCAUUCGAGGGGAUAUAGUUAUAGUUCUUUGGAUGAGAAAGAUUUAAGAGGCUCCAAAGCUCGCUUGAAGGAUUUAGGUGGAGGUAGAAGAGAGGAAAUGAAAUCUGCAAGCUUCAGCAAAGCUACAUCAUCAAGGGGAAAAUCAGUCAGAACAAUUAGAAGUAGUAGAAUGACUGAUUAUGGAAAGAGGCAGGGAAGCCAAACUGGUGCUCAGAAGGUUGAAGAGACUGACAACAAUGUUGAAACUGGACAUAUGAGAAAGAAAAAUGGAAGUAUUGAUAAUCUGGGAACUGGAAGCAGUAAGCAAAAUCUUGAUAAUCCCAUUCCCUGUAAUAUGCCAAAGCCAACAUUUUCUGAAAAAGGAAAGAAAGAGAUGGAGCAAUUUUCUGGGAAUGUUUCUGUUGAGUCUGAAGAAGAUUUGGAGAGUAAGACUGAAAAUGUCCAAGCAAGCUCAGAUGGAGAUGCUGUCUCUGUGAACAAUUCAGUAACAACAGACUCUGAUGAGGUUGAUAGGAAGGCUGGUGAGUUUAUAGCAAAAUUUAGAGAACAAAUCAGGCUUCAAAAAACGGAAUCAAUGGAGAGAUCAAGAGGGUUACGCUUAGCCAACUGUUUUAGGUGAUAUAAUAAGCUUACAUUGUAGUAUAGAUUCUUCAUCUUACGUUUUCACCAUGUGUUUUCCCUCUAAGAUAUACUUACUAUAUUUUUGUAUUUUAUUUGGGUAUCUAGUAUUUUCAUUUUACACACUAGGUGGAGAUUCUUUAAUCCCCCGGAUCCGGCAACUGUUUGGAGAAGCAUUAAUGACCAUGGUGUGGUAUGAUUUCUGUUAUUGAAGCCCUAUCAGAUAAUCCAUUCAACAGCUCCACCGCAUUUUGUUGCUUAGUUUCAUUAACAAUUCUCUACUUUUUUUCAUUGAGACGAAGCUAAAAAAAAAUAUUUGUUCAACAUAA